UGAAUAACCAUAAUGUAUUAGCGGCAGAUUGUAAUGUUGUUAUCUGAUAGUAAUAACAAUGUCUGUUACAUUGUCUGAUAUAUGCAGCUGUUCAGCUUUUGGAUAUCAAUAAACCAGCGGCUGUUAAACCAUUUUGUAUAUUAACUGAAGCAAAUAAUCAAAAAAAAAAUAAUAAAAUGCCAAGUGUAACUACAACAAAUACUGUCAAUACCUCGGGAAUUCGUUUGAUGCGCAAAACUUCAUGUGCUGCUGGUGCUAGUAGCGGUGGUGGUGGCGCUAGCGCUGGUGCUAGUGCAAAUGAUCAGUCAACUAACUCUUCAUCCCACCAAAAUUCAGACAAAAAAUCACUAAGAGAUCAACCAAAUGUUGGAAAAUAUAAGUUAAUUCGUACACUUGGUCGAGGUAAUUUCGCAAAAGUUAAACUUGCUCAACAUGUUUCAACUGGGCGAGAGGUUGCUGUGAAGGUGAUCGAUAAAACUCAGUUAAAUCAAGCCAGUUUAAAAAAGUUAUUCCGAGAAGUGAAUAUUAUGAAAAUGCUGAAUCAUCCAAAUAUUGUUCGAUUAUAUGAAGUGAUCGAAUCAGAACGUCAUGUUUAUCUAGUCAUGGAGUAUGCUGAAAAUGGUGAAGUAUUCGAUCAUCUAGUUUCACAUGGUCGAAUGAAAGAACGUGAAGCAAGAGCUGCAUUUCGUCAAAUUGUAUCCGCUGUGGAAUAUUGUCAUCAAAAGAAAAUUGUACACAGAGAUUUGAAGGCUGAAAAUCUUUUAUUCGAUGGUUUUUUCAAUGUGAAACUAGCUGAUUUCGGUUUUUCAAAUCUUUUCGAUGGAUCGAAAAAGCUGGAUACAUUUUGUGGUAGUCCACCGUAUGCUGCACCGGAAUUAUUUCAAGGCCGUAAAUAUGAUGGUCCAGAAGUUGAUGUUUGGUCGCUAGGUGUAAUAUUGUAUACAUUGGUUAGUGGAUCACUACCAUUCGAUGCACAGCAUUUAAAGGAUUUACAAGAACGUGUACUUCGUGGGAAGUAUCGUGUUCCUUUCUACAUGUCCACUGACUGUGAAGCAUUAUUACGCAAACUGUUAGUUCUUAAUCCAUCUAAAAGAGUUACACUCAGGAAUGUUAUGUCUGAUAAGUGGUUAAAUAUUGGCUAUGAAGACAAUAUUUUAAAACCGUAUGUUGAACCACCGCCUGAUUACAAUGAUAAAGAGAGAUUGGAAAUUAUGCGUAAUAUGGGUUAUCGUCCUGAGGAUGUACGUGAAGCUCUAAUAAAGCAAAGUUUCAAUAAUGUUACAGCGAUCUAUUUAUUAUUAGCUGAUCCUAAGACAAGAUUAACCUUACCAGCAAGUAGUUUCAUUUCAUCGUCACCUUCACAAUCAAUAGCAGGCAAUACUCUAUUGAAUAAUAAUAAUAAUAAUAACAAUAAUAAUAAUACUAACCAUCGUCAUCAGUCCUCAGAAAUUGUUGAAGAUAAAACUACCUCAUCAAGUGUUGUUAAAUCAUUUACAGAUAAAACUAAUGGUGUUGAAAGUAGUAAUAAUAGUAAUAAUAACAAUUCCAAAUCCAAUCAAAAUGGAUCAUUACAUCAAAGUAAAAAAGAAUCCAGUCAAGACAAUACACCCCAAUACAAUGGAGUCAGGCGUACCAGUGGAAUCUCUUGGCUGAAACAAAGCGCUAGCGCCGGUCCUGCAUCAAAUAGACAAGAAAAAUCAAGUGUAAACGAAAAAGCUCGUCUCCUUCCACGUAUACGCGUAUCCGAUUUACGUGACCGCGGCAAUGAUAUCAAUGUAGAUAAUCAUGGUCAAGAGAAAAUAGAUGAAAAUUCAGAAAUUACUGAAUCACCUGGUGAUCAGUUAAGCGUUCGUCGAAUGAAUACCUUUACAAUGUCGGAUAAAUUUCGGCCAACUGGUUCAGAUUCUCAAUCACCUAACCUGCAGGGUCCGUUGUCUAGAGCACCACCAAUGUCAAAUAUACCCAACUGCAUCACUGCUAAUCCAUCUACAACUAGUAGUGAGAAUUCACCUAUCAAAUCUACUGACAAAGCAUCUGUUCCGUUUACUACUGAUAAUACAACCACUUUUGAACAACCGAUCAAAUUGAAUCAAGCUGUACCAUACACUGAAGAAAAUCCUUCACUAAAUUCUAACAACUUCAUUGGAUGGUUACGAAGAACACUUCCUCAUCGAAAACGUCCUAAAGAUAAUACCUUAUCGUGUAAUAAUUCAAAGCCUAUUUCAACGAAUUAUAACAAUAACAACAAUGGUCCUGUAAUUAGUACUAACAAUAACAAUAGUAAUAAUAGUCAUGAUAUUAUUGAUGUCUUAGAUCCUAAUGAUCAGCAAAGAUUUCAUCGUAAUGAUCCUAAUCGUUCUACAGAUAACUGGAGUAAAAACAAGCCUAAAAAUAUCUCAGAUCAGUCGACAUCCUCUACAUUCAGUGAUAGUCCUUCUUCAACACUCGGUGCCUCAUCAUCUGGUACUAUGGAUUCAGCCAAAGUUAUGCAGCAACAACAACAGCCGCAACAACAGAACUUCAAUAAAUCAACUAAGCAUCAGCAGAUUGGCAUGCCUGAUUCAAUCUUCAAGGCACUUGACACACCAACAACUAAUGAUAAUGACGAUAUUAGUAGUAAUAAUAAUAAUGAUAAGUCGUGUCCAAAAUCUCCAGUCUUCAAAUUACCAACGAAUACGCCAGCCGCAACUACAAGAGAUUCGCUUAUGAAAUGGUCAGUACGUCAUCGACCGAAUAAUACUACGUCUACUGCGACUAAUGCGACUACUAAUAGUAGUAAUAAUACCACCAAUAGUAGUAGUUUAAUGUCUAGAGAAUGUAGACAGUCAUCACCAAAGAGUACGGUAACAAGUGUGAAUACAAAUCAGGGUGAGGUGAAAAAUUCUUCUGAUUCUUCGUCAGUCACCUUAGAGACAUCAACAUCUGCAGUAGUAGCUCAGAAGAGUGCUUCUAUGAAAUCUCGGUCGGGAAGAUUUUUCCGUAGUUUAACGACUAGAAUAGCUCGAAGUCAUGCAAGUCAUAAUCGAAAUAUGCCUUCUAGUAUACGAAAAUUCAAUAAUAACAACCACAAUAACAAUACUAAUACUAAUACCACUACUACUAAUAGUAAUAAUAGUAAUACUAAUAAUAAUGAUAACAAUACGCAUAGCAAUAAGAAGCAUAACUUUCAAUCAGAUAAAACCAGUUUAUUGAAGAACAAUGAAAAAGUAGAAAUCACAGAGGAAUCUGACUCAUCUGACAGACAACAUUCAUUAUUAUUAUUAUCAUCAUCAUCCGGGAGAACAUCACACAGCCAUCGUCAUCGCCAGCAUCAUAAUCACUCGGCUGACAGUGAUGACAGUAAUACUGAUGAUGAUGAAGACGAUGAUGAUAAUACAAUGAGGGGUACAAUUUCACCUAAUCGUGAUCCAUGGAUAACUAUGGAACCGGAAAAACAACGUAAACUCUCUUCUACUACUACUACAACAACAACAUCAAAGUCAAAAAAAUCAUCAUCAAAUGAAGUUGAUACUGUUGCUGCCACUAGUGGUGGUGGGGGUGAUAAGGUUAAAUGGAAAUUCUAUGGCCUCGAUUCGCCUAUGAGUUUACCAAUGAAUGAUUCAUCUGGAAUUAUUAUUAGUGGUGGUGGUAGUCAAAAAAAGACAGGAAUGGAACUACCUUCAGUCGACCGAACAAAUACUCGAACAGUAAUCAUGACUUCCGAUGUGCAUAGGCAUAAAGCAUCAACUAUAACAACUGUUGUGCCCACAUCACAAUCAUUGCCGCCAAUCCCACAAUCAUUAACUAUGUCUACAUCGGUUAGAGACAAUAGUAAUAUUAAUAAUAAUAAAACUAUCUCCUCAUCUGUAUUUGAAUCAGAUAAUAAUAAUAAUUAUUGUUAUUCUUAUGGACAGAAUAAAGGCGGAAAAUUAUGGAAACCACGUCGGUUACACUUUGUUCUACGUCUUCCUAUAAUUGGUUCUGAUCCUCAUAUUUUAUUAAUACAAAUGAUAGAAUUAUUUAAACGUUAUCAAUGCGCUUAUACUUUUCUUAGUUCCUAUCGUUUACGUUGUACAAAAUUAAUAAAUUCAUAUAAUCCUAAUGAUAACUGUAAUACUACUACUACUACUGAUAAUGAUAAUAAUACUACUCAUAAUGAAAGUGUUGAUGAACAGGGCAUACAACAGCAACAACAGUCUCAAUGUAGUAAAUCUCCACAGUCAUCAUCCAGUGUACUUAACUGGGAUUUAGAGAUAUUUCAAUUAGCUAAACCAAUUGUUUAUGGUGUACGCUUUAAACGCAUUUCAGGCAAUCGUAAUGCAUUCAAAUCAAUGGUAAAGUAUUUUGUUCAUCAAACUGAAAAUAUAACCUGAUGUAUUCUCCAUCCUCGUCAUCUUCAUCCUCAUCAUCGUUGUCGUCGUCGUCGUUAUCAUCCUCAUCAUCAGCAUAUCUUGUUUACAAUUCAAGAUACAAUCACAACUAUUGUAUGUUGUGUUUAUAAAUAGUGUUUGCUUGGUUGUCUCCUUGUUUGUUUGUUUGUAUGUAUGCGUGAGUGUAGAGGUGUGUGUGUGUAUGCACGUACGUAUGUACCCACCCAAAUACAAUCAAGUGUAGAGCUGACAUACAUUCACACAUACAUACAUACGUACAUGCACACACGCUGUUCUCUUUGAAGAUGGAAUUCUUGAUUUCAGCAUCUUAAUUGGUGUUUUCUUUCUCCGCUUAAAUUAUGAUCUCAUUUCAUUUGUAGUAAUUAUGGCGAAUAAGACAUGCCCUCUCUCUCUCUCUUUCGCCCUCGUUCAUUGUAUUCAAUCAUUAUAGAUGCUAAUAGUGUUUAUACACAUAUACACAUAUAUAUACACUCUUUUCUUUUAUGAGACUUUCAAAUGCUUUUUUACACCGUUCCUUUGUUUAAAAAUAGAUUUUUGAUGAUAUCACGAAUUAAUAUUAUUUCUUUGUUUGUUUUUUUCUUGCUAUGCGUGUUGAAUCACCACUCACCAUUACGUCAUAUAUAUAUAUAUAUAUAU